AUGAUGGCCCCCAACGUCCUUGCCAUACCUAACCGUUCCUCUCGACCUCUCGUCGGUCGCCAACCUACACGCUGCAAGUGUUUUGUUGUUGCAUCAUUGCAACAUCAGAAGGACAACAAGAAUUCUGGAAACUCAGACAAAUUUCCUUCUGCAGCCUGCGGCCGGCGACAGGCAUUGACGGGCCUCGGGAUCGGAUUCGCUGCCCUGCAACUUGGAACCGUUGCACCAAGCGCGGCCAUUGCAAAGGGCGCCGAGAAGAAAAAGGAGCCGACAAUUAUCAACGACCCAGUUGCUCUCAAGGCUCAGUUCGAGGCUCAGUACCAGCAGUGGUCGUCCGGCCAGUUUGAGGCCUGGCUGGCCACCCAGCCGGAGACCCUCAAGUGGCAAUCCACCUACAACGGCACGCUGGUGAAGCUCAAGGGCAAGGCGGGGGCCCAGCAAUACUUCGCCAUGCUGAACGCGGACCUGGACAUCCAGUCCUACAAGCCGCUGGCGAUUUUUGUGGACAACGACGGAGACGAGGCCACGGUGGUGGUGGAGGCCGCUGGCAUAAGCCGCCGCACGCAGCAGCCCUUCAAGACCGUGUUCCUGCACGCCUACACCGUGGGGCCCAUGGGUCAGAUCCUGAAGUUCAAGGAGACAACCGACACGGCCCUCAUGGCGCAGCUCGUGCCGCCGCCGCCGCUGCCGGCUGCUGAUGCUGCUACAGCUGACACGGGCAGCGCGGUUUGUGCAGCACACGCGCACCGCCCCUCCACCGACGUCGUAGAGCCCGGAUCGGCAACUGGCUCCGCCACCGCCAUCGCCGCGGCCUCAGUCUUCUCCUAUCUGGGUGUCGGAAGUCGUAACAGCGACAGCAUCGAUGACGGCGUCAGUACCAGCUGUGCCGAAGACGCCGCUGGCGGCAGCGGCGCCGCCGCCGUAGCAGCUGGUGAGGCGCUGCUCCGUCAGCUCCGGCUCGCUAAGGAGCGGCUGGGCACCUCCUUGGAACAGCUCUUCUUCGAUGGGGUUGCGGAGAGCCUACCUGCAUGUUCCACCAGCCAGAUGGCCGGUGUGCUCAUGAGCCUGGCGCUGCUGCACCGCCGCCCCGACGACUCCUGGCUGAACGAAUACUGGUCCCUUACCACCGCGCGACUGAACGAAUGUACGACAGCCGACCUCGCGAUGUUGAGCUAUGGCGUGAGUGAGCUGCAGCUGCAGCCGCCGCAGGAGUGGACGGAGACGUUGCUGUCGGCGACGAUUCGGCUCGCAGAGAUGCGGCCGCCGUCGCCGCUGCCGGCGGCGGCGGCGGCAGCGGGAUCUGACGUUGCGGCUGUGGCCCCGGAGGGUGCGGCGGAGCGAUCCUCUCUGGCUGCUACACUUCAGCUGAUGCUACAGAAGCUCACAGGGAGCAGCGGCAUUACCGACAAGAUGACGGCGGCAGCGGGGCGCCAGCGCCAGCCCAGGCCGAGGAGCCCCUGGCUGUCGUCCACCGCGUCCUCCACCUCCUCCUCCUCGUCAUCAUCGUUUUCAGCUGGCAUUGCACGUCGGUACGGGCGGUCGCUGCCUGCGGCUCUGGGCAAAUUCCUCCCGGCGGCCCCCGGUGGCCGCUGGGUCGUCACCGACCAGGUAACACCCGCCUCGCCCGUGUCCGGCCAGGCUGGAGAUCCCGUGGAAAUGCCCCUCCGGGGGGUGCAACAACGGCUACCGUCGGCAUCGACGGCAGCAUCGACGGCAGCAUCGACGGCAUCCGGCCUGAGUGGCGAUGUCGCGCCCGCAGCUGCCGCGACCCGCCGACCGAGCCCCAUCAACAGCGCGUACGAUAUGGAGGAUAUGUUUGGCGCCGAGGGUCCCGAAACCAGUAGCAGCAUUGCCGAGUUGGUUUUGGAGCCAGUCCAGGCGCUGUGGGGUGGGCUGCGGAGAGCCACGGCGGCGGUGUCGGCGGCGUGGCGGCGGAGGCGCAGCGGAAGCGAGCUGGUGACGGUGGUGUAUAAUUUGACCGCGGCGGGGAUGCAUGUUGAGGAGGCGAUGCUGGCGCGAUUUCUAAAGGCGAUGCGGCCCUGGCUCUCCGACUUGUCGGGUGACGACCUGCACUGCCUGCUGGUGGUGGCGGCGGGGGCCGCUGACGGCGGCAGUAGCAGUCAGGGGCUGUUGGAGGCGGCGAUGAGCCGGGACUGGCAGGUGGCUCUGUUCGGGCGCAUGGACGGAAUUCCCUGGGCACUGCAGGGACAUCACCUCGUGGGCUGCCUGGCCUCCCUCAGCAGCCUGGGACUGCGGCCGCCCCCUCCCUGGGUUCGACGACAACUUCGCAGUCUUCAACCCGGACUGCAGUUUCUGCCUACCAGCUCUCUGGUGGCUCUGGGGGGCCUCCUGCCCCUGCUGCCCCUGCACUACGAGGGCGAGCUGAGGACAGCAACACCACAGCCUCCUGCGCCACCCGCAGCGACGGGGAGCAUGGCGACGGCGUCCGCGCCAGUGUCCUCCGGCCCAUGGGUCGGUGAGGACGACCACUUCUGGUUCGAGCGGUGGCUGGCGGAGUACAGAGCGGUGGUUUCGGAGCGCCGUACAACGAUGGAUGCGGCUGAUCUCUUGGCGGUUAUAGCAGGUGUUGCUGCCGUGGUCGCUGCCGUACCGCCGCCGCCGACCACAUCCUCCUCCUCCGCCGCCUCCUCCUCCUCCCAGGCCGCGGCGGCGGCUGCGGCGGCGGCGCCGCAUCGUGAUGUAGCGUCUGUGCUUCUGCCUCGUGCCGGCGAUGCGGUGUCGUACUCGGAGUGGCAGCGGGUGAUGGUGGAAGCUGUGGUCGCUCGGCUGCCGGAGGCCAGCCUGGCGGGGCUGUGCGAGGCGUGGCAGGUGCUUGCGGACGCAUCCUCGGGAGCGCAGCAGCAACAGCUGCAAUAUCAGCCGCCGCCGCCGCAGCAGCAGCAGCAAUUUGUUCUGGAAGGCGUUGCGGAUGUGGACGAGGUAGCAGGGCGUUUGGAUGAGCUGCGGGACCUGGUGGCGAGCAGGCUUGCCGUGCACCACGCGCAGCUUUCCACUUCCGACGUGGCGCCUGUACUGUCCUCCCUCGCGGCGGCGGGACUACCCCUGCCCGCCGCCACGCUCGACGCACUGCUGACGUCAGCACAGCCGCUGCUUCCUGGCCUUACCUCCUCGGAGCUCGUCACCGUAGCGCUGUCGCUCGUACGACUGUCGUACAAACCAAACUUGGCCUGGCAGGCGGCGUUUUGCGCCGCCAGCCGCCGCCGUCUAGGCCUCAUGACUCCCCCGCAGCGUUGCUCGUUGCUGGUGGCAUCCGCCAGCCUGGGUUUGCACCUGCCUGACCCAUGGGUCAGGGACUUUUUCGCGGUUUCGGAGCGUGGUCUCGGCGAGCAGCUGGACGGCACGCAGCUGGCCAAUUUGCUGUGGGCGGUAUCCUGUGUGGCUUCGGAGCCGGCAGCCUCCUGGCUUGAGCAGUGGGAGUACGCGUCCAUGCCGAGGUUGAAGGAGUUGGGUCCCAACAUGCUCGCGGUGGUACUCAAGGUAGGAAUUGCGACUUUGGGAGCUAUGUCCACCUUGCACUACCGGCCGUCCCUAGCCUGGCAGAGCGCCUUCUUCACCGCCUUGCAGCGCCGCCUCUUCGCUGCGGGUGCCGCUCAGCUGACGCCGUGGGAGUUGGCGGACGCCAUUCGCUGCAAGCUCAGCCUGCUCAGUACUCUGGACCUGUCGGUGGUGUUGGCGUACCUUGUGGCCAGGUCGCACAGACCGAAUGACGAGUGGUGGGAGAGCUUUCUUGAGGCUCUGGAGAGCCGCUUCGACUCCCUGUCCUCCUCGGAAAUGUCGUCCCUGCUCGUGAUGCUCAACGCCCUCCGGGUAUCCCCCGCGGCCCAGUGGCUGGACGCGUUCUGCACCGCCACAGAGUCGCGUCUGAGUUUCUUCCAGCCCAGCCACCUGCUGCAGGCGUGGAUGGGGGCGUACACGGCGGCGGUGGAGGGCCAGCUGCCGAGGUUCACACCCACGGAGCUGGCGCGUGCGAUGAUGUUGUUGGAUAACCUGAAUCAGCGACCCAGCGUGGGCUUCAUGCUGCGGUUCUAUGACUAUUCCAGACCGGGGCUAUCGCAGCUCGACACGCAGGAGCUGGUGAAUGUGGCUUGGGCGGUGGUGAGCUGCUCCAGCUUGCAGCCGGAUAUCCGGUGGACGGAGGCGCUGGUGGAGGCGGCGCGGCCCCGUGUGGCCUCGCUGCAGCCGCCGCAGCUGAGGGUGCUGGUGGCGGCGCUGGGGCACAUGCAGCGUGGGGCGCCGUGUGUGGCGGCUGAGGACUUUCUUGCAUUCGCCCGGGAGUUCUUGCUGGCGUGA